AUGGCGUCAAUUGCAAAGAGAAAGCGUACACUUUCGAUUGAAGAAAAAUCGAAACGCAGAAAGGAUGCGAAAACAUCGUAUAAUCUUGGCCGCAUUACUAUUGGAAGUGAAAUUGUAAGUAUUUCCAGCUGUGGGAAGAAAGUAGAACAGAAAGCUAAAACAAGCACUCUAUUCAAAACAAGACCAUCUGUUUUUGAACCUCCAGUAUCUGGAAUAUCUUCCAUUUCCAGUGAAGCAGAGAGACCAGAUGAUGUUAACCAAAAGUAUGAGGAAGCAGCAUUUGAAGAAGAGGCAUUUGGAAAAGAUGGUUGUGAUGAUGAUGCUUAUGCAGAAGAAGAGUCUGCAGAUGAUGACCCUUGUCCUGGCAUUCAAAGGCUAAAGACUGAGGCACACAGUGUGCACUUGAUAGGUUCCGCUGUCUGUUUUGCAUAUGUCUCGGCAAUCUUGUCUCUAGCCCGUAUUAAAGUGAUGUCCUGUUCAGUGACAGGAUGCACAGAUCCAACCAAUAUCUGUGUCACAGAUUAUUUCAUUGGAUCAGCGUUGUAUCUCAAAUGGGUGUGUGGCGGUGGCCAUAUACUAAACCGCUGGUGUGCUCAGCCUGUGUUGAACCGGAGGCUACAUGGUGGGGACCUGAUGUUUGCACUAUCAACCUUAACAUCCGGUAAUAACUUUGGAAAGCUUGCUUUAUGGGCAAAGCAUAUGAACUUUAAAAUAAUGUCCAGCACAUCAUUUCACAAAAUACAGCGCACAUACCUGAUUUCUACUGUUGACGAAUAUUGGGAGAAGCAGCAGAGAGAGGUUCUAAGCAGCUUUGAAGGCCACAAGUUGAUUGUAAUGGGAGACGGACGGAAUGAUUCUCCAGGCCAUUCUGCUCAGUAUUGUUCAUACACCAUGAUGGAAUAUGACAGCAAAAAAUUUUUAACCUUAAGAACACUGGACAAAAGAUCAACAGACCGAAAAUCAACAAACAUGGAGAAAGUUGGACUCGAACAGGCCAUCCAGGAAUUGACUGACAAUAACAUUGCAGUUGAGGAAGUUGUGACAGAUGCCCAUCUAGGAAUCGGCUCAAUUAUGAAAAAAAAGGACCCAGAAAUCAAGCAUUCACAUGAUAUUUGGCAUGCUGCCAAAAACCUUGGUAAACGUCUUGGAAAGAUUGUGAAGAAGAAAGCAAACCAAAUUUUAAUACCAUGGCUGAAGGACAUUGUAAACCACUUCUGGUUUGCCUGCAGCAAGGCUGACUCCUAUGAAGAAUUUCUGAGCAUAUGGCGCGGAGUUUUACAUCACAUCACAAACAAGCACGAAUAGAUCCUGUCUCAAGGAACUGGAAUAA